CUAACAGUCGCGCGCCGCGCCGCGCCCAGUACGCGCGUGUACCACCGCACAGUAUUCCAGUCUACCGCCAUCAUAUACUACUUAAUUCGAUUUGUUUACUCCCAACACGUGGCUAAUAAUUAUGUCCCCAUUCACGUGACUUCACAGCGGAAUUAAAGGAUCACAACUGAGUCCACAUACCCCUCGUCUAACAAUGCCGAUCGUGUAAUCAUAGUAAUGGCGGGUUACGGGCGUCACGCGGUGUACACGAGCGCGUACCAUGCGCGCGCGCCCGUCGUACCACUCAACGCAAAUGGCGAGCCCAUCAAGUUGCCUGAGAACCUGGAGAGUCUGCCGCGAGCCGAACACUUCGCCGCGCAGCGACACCGCUGGAACACUAAUGAGGAAAUCGCUGCAAUACUCAUCAGUUUCGACAAGCACAGCGAAUGGCAAUCAAAGGAGGUCAAAAUACGUCCGAAAAGCGGCUCCAUGCUCCUGUACAGCCGUAAGAAAGUCCGGUACCGACGGGACGGAUACUGCUGGAAGAAGAGGAAAGACGGGAAGACCACCAGGGAAGACCAUAUGAAACUUAAAGUCCAGGGCACUGAGUGUAUCUACGGAUGCUACGUGCACUCUGCCAUACUGCCGACCUUCCACCGUCGCUGCUACUGGCUGUUACAGGUAAAUAAUCCCGACAUAGUCCUCGUGCACUAUCUCAACGUGCCGUACCCUGACGACAAUAAAUUGGCGACGGUGGCGCCAAGCCUGGCGCUGUGGGCGGACAAGAAAGAGUGGACGAAAGAUGAGCUGGUCAGCCAACUAAAGCCCAUGUUCUUCAGCGAAGAUGAGUCUGAUAUCAACAAUGAGUUGGAAAUUUCAGGCAAAAUGUUUCAGACGGCGGAAACUGUCGAAGCGAUCGUGGGCCAGCUGAUGGAGAAGCAACGAGCGGCACGAGCGGCAGCCUUAGCUCGACAGCUCGAGUGCGGAUGUCCAGACUCAACUUGCCAAGACUCCCGAACUUGUGCCCAUCCGUUACGACGGAUACAAGCCGCCAAACCGCCUCCGUCAGACCACCACGUGUCAUCUACCACUGGACCUUCACCGAGACCUAUGUCGCAACCACCAAGACAAUACACCCGAGAUCACAGACCUUCCCCACAAUCAGCGUCGCCAUUACUGCUAUCACUUGGACAAAUACAAGGAGGCGGUGGUCUGCUUAUACUUAAUGGAACCAGUAACACUGCCCAACAACAUUCGUCCUUAGUAUCCCCAUUGUCAGUGACGUCAUUCGUUUGCGAAGAACCCAGAGAUAGGUACCGACAGCAGUAUAAACCCACUUUUCUAUUAAAGAGAGAGAUACCAGAUAGCCAGCCGUCUUCAUGUCUCCACCAUACAGAUUCGAAUACGUACGAAGUAGAGACGAUUGAGGAGAAAGUUGAUAUUAGUGCUUUUGAUAGGAAAAUUAAAAUGGAACCGAGAACUAUAAGUAGGAAUCACAUCGUGGCCAGUGCGCCUGCGACGCCGUCAAGGUAUCCAGAUUUAGUUGAAAGAUUAGAGAGUAAAGUUCUGACAGACAACUGUGAUGAUACACUAGUAUUACUAGGCACGGAUGGGCACUUAGGUUCAAGUGGUUUCUUUGAUGAGACUUUAGAGUUAUCCCACGAAGAUAUUCAGAAGACGUUGUCAGCCAAUAUGCCUAAUUGUGAAUUGGACAGGAAUGGUGUUCAAACUUCAAACACGGCUAAUGUUAUGGUAUCAGGAAUUGAUACGAUGGACUUUAUAGAGAGUUGUGAGGCUGUGGCAUCACCCACUCAAGUGGUAGACGACAAUGUAUUUGUAAAUCUCGACGCCUUUGAUAUGUUAGGUGACUUUCCGGAGUUAGAAGUAUUGGAUCCUAGUACUAUUACAACGAAUCCCGUGUUGUGCGAAAAAUCACCCCAGGAAGACGAGAAAAUGCAAACGGAUUCAAACAGCGAAGGUGCUCUCAGCAUCACGGAUUAUUCCCCAGAGUGGGCUUACCCCGAAGGUGGAGCGAAGGUGCUCAUAGCCGGACCCUGGACUGAGAGCGCUGAUCAGUAUACAGUGCUGUUUGAUAACUUUCCUGUUCCUUCUAAGCUGGUGCAGAAUGGAUUGCUAAGGUGUUAUUGCCCAGCUCACGAAGCAGGCUUAGCAGCUCUUCAAGUGGCACGCGGAGGUCGCGUCGUAUCAGACACGGUAGCGUUCGAGUACAAGGCAGGUCCAGCACCAGCACCGUCCUCCCCCGCCUCUGCCCCGCUUCCGUCGCUGGACUUCAGACGGUUCUCGCUUCUGCAGCGGCUGCAGCGACUCCACGGCAGACUGCAAGUGAAGAUUGAGCCUAUGGAUGAUAAUAAUCAGAUUGAAGACGUUCAAUUGUACUCCAACCCGAAAUUCGAAGAGCGACUAGUUUCAUUCUGCCAAUCACUGAGCGCCCGUUCAGCUGGGAACACCGAAGGGUUCACUACAGAGCCUGGUGAAGAUGGUUCCACAAUCCUCCACUUGGCGGCAGCACUGGGUUACACGAAGCUGACCACGGCGCUGUUGAGGUGGAAACAGGAUGAUAGCAGUCUGGCGUUGGAGAAAGAAGUAAAUCUGGGUGCAAGGGACAGUGAAAAUUGUACGCCCUUGAUGGUGGCCAGCGCUGAAGGUCACGUGGAGACGGCCGUGGUGCUGGCUCGCUGGAGCGCGGGCACGCGGCGCGAGGCGGGCGCGCGCUCGGCCGCGGCGGCCGCGCGCCGCGCCGGCCACGCGCGCCUCGCCGCCUUGCUGGACAGGAUACACCCGCCGCCUAACGACGGGGUGUUUCUGAGGCCACACUGUUUAUCUCAAAAAGGUCGCGCGGGCAGCCUGGAAAGCAACCUGGUGAAGCGACCGUCCAUCGACAGCGGCAUCAACAUGGCUGACGCUUUUCGCUCCAGCUCGGCCAUUGACAAGGCUGAUAACAGUUCUGCUAGAUGGGAACGAAGCAUGUCCCUACCUCUAGACUCGGACAACUCUGAAGACAGUCUUGGAGACUCCAAAAUCGGGAGACGCAUGGACCUCGCUCUCUGCGAGACGGCGUGGCGGCGCGCGCAGAGUCCGCUCAUAGACGUGGAGGCGCUCAGCGACUCCAGCCCCGCGCCCUCCCCGCCCCCGCAGCCCACCAAAGGGGAGCAGGAUGACCGCGUGUUCACGCUAGCAGAGCAGAUCAUUGCGGCAAUGCCGGACAGGAUAAAAAACGAGAGCUCGUCCCUGCUGUCAGGCUGUCUGGACGGCGGCGCGGGCGGCGGCGAGGACACGCUCAUGGUGCCAUUGCUUGAUGAUACCACCACCUUCCACACUGAAUUCAGUUUCGAGUUCUGCGAUAAUACUUACAGGUACUGCGGAGGCUCCACUCCGUGCUCGUCAGGCUCGGUGUCCCCCGGCUCGGCGCUGUCCCCGCCGCCGCCCUCCCCGAGGCCGACGACCGCAGCGCCAUCUGCUACGCUGCAGGAGUUUCUGAAUGCCACACAUUUCUCGAAUCUUACACUAAAUGAUCGGGAACAACGUGAACUGUACUCGGCGGCUAUAACAAUACAGAAAGCAUACAGGCAGUACCGCGGGCGACAAUUACAACGACGAGCUGCGGCCGCCGCCAUCACCAUACAGAACUGCUACAGGCGGUACAAACAGUUCGCGUACCUGAAACAAAUGCACGCUGCGGCGACAGUGAUCCAGCGCGGUUAUCGUUCUAUGAGGGCGAGGAGGAUGGACGUUAAUACCACUCCGAUCAAGAGAACCUAUUCUCAACGUCGACAGAACCAGGCUGCCAGGAAGAUACAGCAGUUCAUGAGGCUAUCGAAAAUCAACACUUGGGAAGAGUUUUCAACAAACGUUGCAGAGCGCGCGAGCCGAAAGCGCGAGGGUGGACCUGCGCUUGCCGGGUGCCCACCCAAGCUCGUCGCAGCCCAUCAUCAGUACACCGCCCACUCACAAUAGGAUUGUCGAUUAUUUAGCGCCUGAAUCACCUAUGAAUGCGGAUGAAGAUCUACUUCUGGAGCUUCUGUUCAAAAUGUGACCCAUUACACCACGCCACAGAGUGUUUUUCCUAACUUCACACAAUUUUGUUGGGAAGUGUACGAUUGGUUUUUAUUUACUCGUAUUGUCUUUUUACUCAGCCUAAUCAUGUCUUUAUGAGUUUGAAUGCUAUAUUACAGUCAACAAUAUAAUUGGUGUUCAGGUUGCAAUCUAUAUUACUAUUAAUUAUCAGUAUAAUUCAUAAUUCUGCGAUUCAGUAAUCGCUGAUUGAUCUUUGUCUUGAUGAACUACAAUGAAUACAGUUUACUUGAACAUUUGCAGUAACCUAAGCAAUAUUAUAGCAAUAAUCGAGGAAAUUACAAAGAAAGUUUAAAUUGUAUCUUUAUGAAUGUCAAAACUGCAAUAUAUCAAAGCAAUUGUAAAACUGCUGAUUUGUAGUUCUCUGGUAGUUGAUACGAGCAAUACCAAUGUAUUGAAAGUAUCCAUUUUAUUGUUGACUGCACUUCCUACGUUUGUAUAUCACUAUCUUGUCUGAAAGAAUUUUUAUCAUCUCUUUUCACGUCACUACUGAUUCAUUUUGUAUAUCAAAUAACACCCAUUCAAUUACGUUCUAUUCAUUGUUACAAACACACAAAACAGGUUUCUUCUUAGUGUUGUGAAAUAACUCGGGCCUUGUCUAAUCAAAUUUUAACUGUUCAUAUAACUUAACCGUACCUAUUAGGAUUAUCAAAAUGAGAGUUUUGACUUCAACCGAAAUGAAAUUCGUCUCUUUAUAUUUGUUUCUAUAAUUUAGUCUACUAGUCAACAAUUUCCUUAGAAAUGACUUGUUUAGAGUUUGGAUUCAAAUUAUCUUUUAUUUUAAACUCUUCAGGUCAUAGACAGGGUUAUAUUUAGUAUAAAUUUUAUCGUAUUUGUAUUAUAUUUUCAUAAUGUAUUUUUGAGACAUUUGUUUAGGACAUUUAUUGGAUUCAUAUUUUUGAAAAUUCUAAAUUGAAUAUAAAAUAAUUAAACUAGAACAACCAUAUUGGCAGGUUUUUCUUAAAUUGAUGAAAAAUUUAAUGAAGAGUCUUUAUUAAUGAUCAAAAUGUUUGGCUGUUGUUUUGUUUUUUUGGAAACUCCAAAUUUGGGGCUGUUUUUGUUUGUUUCGCUUAAGACAUUAGAAAGUCAAGUCAAAACUUGAAUUCUAGAUUCUAUUGAUAAUUUCCAAACGGAUUUUAAAUUAUGUAGGAUAAGUACAAAUUCAAAUUAUUAAAUGCCACUGUUCUAAUAAUGUAGAUUGCACCUAGUGUUAAUUACAAUAAACCCGACGAGCUGUGAGUAUUUUGAGAUUUUAUCGUAUUUAAGAAAGAAAUUAAAAGUAAUAAUGCCGUUAUUAUAGUUUGACUAUUGGUCGAGAGGAUAGGUUUCAUUCCAGCCUAAUAGGAUAUCUUUUAGUCUACGCAGAGAUAAAGCCUUAGAUAUCAUCGAACAUGAUCUUAAAACUUCUUUAGAAUAGAUCUAAUUCUUAUAGAAACUUCUCUUUGACUAUUUUGUCAACAUUGUCUAUAAUAAUUUCGAUUACAAGCCCUGUAACCUUUGUGUUUGUACUAUUAUUUUCUCCACCUCUAGUUCCUAUUUAAACAUGAAAUUCCUCAAUGAAUUCUUAUCUACUAUCAAUUAGUUUGACAGUAGAUACUUUUAGUUUUAGGUCCUCGAUAAAGCUAAAUGCCGUACUUAUCUAGCGUUCAUGAAAAAAAAGGUUGUGCACCACUUAAAUAUAGUAAUAAUUAUUCCCUUUUCUGGAUUCUCUGAUAUUUUAAUGUAGUAUAGUCUAUAGUUAAGGUAUUAGAGUAAAUAGCUUAACCAGGAGACGACAUGAGGUCGUCGAGAUAUUUUCGAUUAGUAUUUUUAUAAGGCAAAAGUUACGAGAGUACGAUUGCUUUGCUUGAGCAGGGCCGUGGAACAGAGUCUUGUUUCGUUUGACUAAUAUUGUGUUCUGUUACCCUUAAUUGAUUUUCGUAUGGUUUGAUUCUGUUGUACCUGAUUUUUUACUAAGACUUUUUGUAUGUGUAAAGUACAUUCCUCAUACUGAUUCCUGAUUAUUUGGAUUUGAAAAGGCCCAUUGUGGUAUUUGAGUGAUGUUUUGUUUUCUCGAUUCCUUAAGAGAAUUUCUUGUUGACAUCUGAAUUGUUGAUUUGGCUCGCAAGUUUUUGUUAUUGUAUUUAUGCUUUUUUGUCUUUUCAAUUGUACGUUUCUUUUUAUCAUACAGUUUUAAUCUUUAUCGUAACAAAUUAGAUGUGAAUUUUGUAGAUUUGACGAACUUUGUUUAAGUACCUAUAUCCAGUAAUGUCAACAGAUUUUUUUACGAAAUCGAGAAAAGUUGGAUGUUUAAGAAAUAAAAGGGAAAUGAGAUGCGACGUUGAUUGAGAAAACCGUCCAGUUGUGGCGGCUCUUGCACCCUCUGGUGGCAACACGGCAAAAGUCGCAUUGCGGAUACAAGCGAAAACACGUUUAACGACGAUAAAUUUAAAGUCGCGACUCGCUUGAACGGUAGGGGGCACCUGAGGGCGCGAACACAUGUAUAUUUCAUAUUUUUGGAUCGCUAAUUUUAAGAUGUUAUAUUUAUAUAUGUAUAUGUAGUGAGGCGAAUACGAUACCAGUAUUUCGAGACGUAUUGCGCCAAAGUUUUGAUGUAUUAAUUUUGCAUAAAUCGUUAUUCUCCCAUUUUUUCUUUAUAAACGGAUAAAUAGUUCGUUUAGCUAGUGGUCAUACGUAAUUAUAUAUUUUUCGAUAGCGUGCACGGUUGCUUAGGCCGAUUCGAGGAAUUUAAGAAAUAUUUUUAAUCGUAACGCAGAACCUCCGAAAGCAAUAAUAUUUUUGUGGUGGAGUUAUGUACUCAGAUGUGUAAAGAGAGUAUUUUAUUAUCCCCGCAAUCGUCACAACCAGAUAUAGGACACUUCUAGUGCAGUCGUCAAAUGUGCUGCUUUCAGUGUUAAAAAAAAAUAAAAAAAAAAACUUAUUUCACAUUUUUUUUGAAAAAAAAAGUCAUUUACAUGUGUUUUUUUUUUAACUAUAUUUACUUUUUUUUUACUUAGGACCUUUAUUUCAAUGUAUUUUUUUUUAUUCAAAAACGCCAACUGUUCAACAUAAGCAAUAACAAAACGUAAGAAAAAAUAAAUUGAAAACAGCACACUGACGUAAAGCGUUAGUUUGACCACAGCUAAAAGAUAUAGUGCACUAGACGUAGUUUAUAGUUAGAUAAAUUACUACAUAAUUAUAUUGAAAUAAUAAAAUCUUAAAAACUAUACAUAGAAUUUAAAUUUAAAAGUUUAACUAAUACUUUUUAUUAUUAUAUUGUAAGGCUUGUUCACACAUUUUAACUUCAUAUUUAGUAAGUAUUUAAGACUAAAAGAUAGGGGAGACACCAAAGGUAUUGGAAUGAGUCCUGGGAGGAUAAAUGAUUGAAAAAAAAAAAACUUUUCUUGGGUGGGCUGUUAAAGGUAUGCUAAAAAUCGCCAAAGGCACAUUUUUUUAUGAUUGUGAUAUAACAAAAAUUUAUUUGAUUCUAGUCUAUUUAUAAUUAUUUGUAAGAUAGAUAUAGUGUUCAAAUUUUUGUUACUCAGACGCUUGCUUAGUGGCUUGCGUUUUAUGGGAAAAUAAAAAGUUUUUUUUUUUUUAUAUUCGAAGUGAGCCUGCCUAAUGUAUUGCAUAUCAAGUUAGAUAAUUGUCACUUAAUGAUUGUAAAACGAGUCUGUUUUAUUUGAAAAAUGCUAGACAUAUAGUAGUUAAUUUUAAUAGUUGCUAUCUAUUAAUUGUUUUUGCAUAUUUUAGUUUAAUAAUCUUACAUUGUUAGUGCAAUUCAUUGUUAGUAAUACCAAAGAUUUAGGUGGAAAGUAUUUUCAUUUGUAGCUGUGCAUUUAUAUUUUUUUUUAUAAGUUUCAUUCAAAUUAGGCUAUUUUUCUUAGUUUAAUCAUCACAUAAAUUAUAUAUAUUUUUUUUUAUAUAUUGAAAUAUUUUUUCAAAGAAAAUUUGUAAACAUUAAUAUUUUGUUUUCAUAAAUUAGCAAAUGUAAGAAAUCGUUGUGUACUGCCAGAUUAUAGGUUUCUAAAACACCAAUUUUGGGAGGAUGUUAUAGAAUGGAGGGCUUGUGAAAUGUCCAAAAUUGUGAAUGAUUUAAAUAAAAAGUCAGUUUUGUCACGUGUCAACAUUUUCCUUGUUUUUGUGUGCACCAAAUAAAAAAAAAGAAUUUCUACAACCUGAAAUUCAAUUGUAUAAAGUGCCAUGUACUUUAAACUUUUGUGAAAUAUCUCAAAAAUAUUUCAUUGUUUUCUUCUUCAAAAUGCUGUAGAUAAAGAAUUAAUGUCUUCUUAGGACAGAAAACUAUAAAGCCCAGCACACAUUGUGAAACGCUAUUUAUCUGCAACGAAACCAUAGCUCCAUUACCUACUAAUUGAAUUCCUGAUACCGUGUAUAGGUAUGUCAGGAAUCCAGACAGGAAUACAAAUGAAACUAAUAGGGUAGUUGUCAUUUGAGUCAAUAGUUGACUUAAAAAGUUUUUAAGUCAAUUGAGAUACUUUUUUUCCAUGUGUCAAAAAAAAUGGGGCUUGUAUGACAGCGGGCACAAGAACGUCACAAAAUUUGUUGUUAACAAAAAACGUUUUAAUAAUACUAUAAUGAGAACAUAAAAAUACUAAUUAAAUAAAAUUAAUACAUUAUCGUGUUUCAAUAUGUGAAUGCGUUUAUGCAUUUUCUUUUAUACAAAGUCAACUGCCUUAUUUGUAAGCACGCACAGCCGACUUUUUGGUACUAAAGACAAAUUUCGAACGCAUCCAUCCAGGGCGAAGGUUUUCGAGCACCAAGGAUGCGAAAAAUUAAUACAGAUAUUUCAUAUUUUUUCACAACCCAAGGGGCUUACCAUUAUCUCUUAAAGCGAUCCACUUUACGACCUAAACUGAACUGCAUCGCAAGUUCGUACCAUCGACUCGAUUAAUUUUAUUAUGAAUGCGAUUCAUUUUAGGUUCCUAAAUUUAAUCGAGUUGCGUUGGAAUCUGUAAAAGUUGAUGUUGGGCCUGCUGAUUGCUAUCAAAACUGCUGUAUCGUAAAGCUCAUAAAGCUAAAACAGCAGCUUUAGGAUUAUCCCAGUAUAAACGGAUUUUUUUUUGUGCAUCAGUCAACACGGCAAUUUUAACAGUCAGCCAUUUUGAAGCAGAAUGAAGCAAAAUGGCUGACUUCAAUGACAUUUGAAAUUAUGACAGCUUAGAAGUAAAUGAUUGAGUUGAGCUGUUGCUAGUGCAAAAAUUCAUGUAUUCUUGGUUAAUAUUAAUAUUUUUUUUAUGUGUUCAUAACUGGGUUUUGUUCAUUAAUGGUGCCGUCACACUAAUGCCGUUGAAAAACUGUAUGAAUCUCAUUAAACUGUGGUAGAAUUAUCUAUUUUGAUGCAAUAGCGUUUCACCUAAAGUGCUGGAUAUGGAACUAAAAAAAUAAACGUGCAAAUUAGCCGACUGAAAAAAGAAAAGUCAAUUGUUGACGCCAUGAAAUUAGUGAUUUUAAAUGUUAACGUAACGUAAAAAUGGUAAAUAUUGUAAAUGGUUUAUUUAUUCAGUGUAUUUACAUGUUAAUAUAGUCCUAUAUGACUUUAUGAAUGGGUUGCACCAGUCAACUUUGACAUUAACUUUGACCUGCACAGAUCAAGGCGAAGUACGCGGUCUAUACAAAUAUCGGUAUUUUUUAGUUAACCUCAAAGUUGAUCCGUGCCAACCACUCUAAUUAUACUCCAAGUUACGUUUUGUUUUCAUAAAAAUAUGAUUUAUUAUUAAAUCCACAUUAUUUUUUAAAUUUUGUUUCCAAACAUUUAAAUGAUCAUAAAAAUACACAGCCCUUUACAAUUCAACCAUUUAUGUGAUGAAAAAGCAAUUCAUUAGUUACCAAAAUGUACCUAAAUACAAUGAAAUAAGUAUUACAUUCCUUUGUUACAAUUUUUUUUUAUAUAUUUGUAUACAGACGAUGGACAUUUAAGAGUGUUAGACAUUGAGUCUAUUGGAUAAGUGUACUUUAAAAAUAUAUAAAUCUUCCUUUAUAAUAACUAUUAUAAUCUAUAAACACUACAAAAUUGUGAUUCAAAGCAAUUUAAAAUAUUACUGCUG